AUGACAACAACAGAAGAUGACGCGAUUGAAAUUUUGUCUUGUCACAUCGAACAUGAAGAACUUGUGGUCGAACCGGCUACAAAAGUCAGCAUCAGCGUCACGAAAUCUAAACUGGAAGACGAUCCGGCCACCAGACAUCGCAAACGUGUGGCUAGAGCCGUAGCCGUAGUGUCGUUUAUGUUAUUAUUGUUUAGUGUUGUAUUAAUAGGAGUUUCGUUAAACAUGUCCAAAAACAUCGACGAACUAGGCCAUGGUUCGCCAUUUUCGGUUAUUUUGGUCUUGGAGAAAAGACUAGCCGUCAUUAUAACUUUCAAACGCAUGGACACGCAAUUUGCAACAAGGGUAUUAGAAGUACUAUUUCGAGAAAUAGCCGUAGGGACAGAAGCAACAGUAUUGGUAGGAGCAAGAACAAUUGCAGUUAGAGCAGUUGCAGAAGCAAUACGAACAGUAGCAGUAAGAGCAAUAACAAGAACAAUAGAAGAAGCAGCAGUAGCAGUUAAAGCAGUAGCAAUAGCAGUAGAAACAGUAGCAGUAGCAACAGUAGCAGUAAAAGCAAUAACAAGAACAUUAGAAGAAACAGCAGUAGCAGUUAGAGCAGUAGCAAUAGCAGUAGAAACAGUAGCAGUAGCAACAGUAGCGGUAAGAGCAAUAACAAGAACAAUAGAAGAAACAGCAGUAGCAGUUAGAGCAGUAGCAAUAGCAGUAGAAACAGUAGCAGUAGCAACAGUAGCAGUAAGAGCAAUAACAAGAACAAUAGAAGAAACAGCAGUAGCAGUUAGAGCAGUAGUGCUAGUAGUAGCAGUAACAAAAGUAGCAGCUGUAAAAGUAGCAACUGCAGCACCCAUCAUCGUACUAGAUUGUUUAUAG